GGGUACUUUUCCCUAUUCACUUCGGCCAAUGAGCUCCCGUUCGUCCUAUGACUCCCAUGGGACCGACCAGGCCAAUCGGAAACGCUGUUACCUAACGCUAGCCACUGAGUCACUAGUAGGGAGGGAGAGAGGCAGGAGGUGGGAACUCUCUGUCCAAUCGCAGGGGCCGCGGUACCGUCCCCCACCUGGGAAGGGAAGCGCCUAUAUCCGCGCGCAAGGGGCUGCCCAAUCCGGACGGAUCGGGCGGGUUUUUUUUUUAAAGGGCAAAGGAGCGGGAUCAGCUGACUUGGUUCCCUAGCCCCUGCUCCCCUGCCGCCCUGUCAGUGUCCGGGGCUGCGAGCGGUUGCUAUGGAGGAGGGACCAGCGCCUCGGGAGACUCGGUCUCCGGGGUCGUGCCGAGUCCGCGGUCUCUGGCUUUCCCUGGUGAGCCUUCUGCUGCUGCCGCAGCUCGAAGGGUCGCGGGUGCCCGAUGACUUCAGCCUGGUACAACCAUUGGUGACUUUGGAGCAGCUCCUUUGGGUGAGUGGGAAGCAAACUGGGAAUGUGGACACUUUCAGAAUACCACUGAUCUCAGCUACUCCCCGAGGGACCCUCCUAGCCUUUGCAGAGGCCCGGAAGAUGUCGUCCUCAGAUAGAGGGGCUAAAUUCAUUGCCAUGCGGAGGUCCACAGAUGGAGGUGCCACAUGGUCCCCCACAUCAUUUAUAGUGGAUGAUGGGGAUGUUGCCGAUGGACUGAACCUGGGGGCCAUAGUUGGGGAUGUUGAAACGUGUACAAUGUUCCUUUUCUAUUCUCUCUGUGCGCAUUAUGAUGGGUGUUCCGUGGCUUCCACCAUGCUGGUGUGGAGCAAGGAUGAUGGCAUCACUUGGAGCCCACCCAGAAACCUCUCCUUGGAUAUUGGAACUGAAAUGUUUGCUCCAGGACCAGGCUCUGGCAUUCAGAAGCAGCAUAAGCCAUAUAAGGGCCGGCUCAUUGUCUGUGGCCAUGGAACCCUGGAGCGUGAUGGGGUCUCCUGCCUCAUUAGUGAUGACAAAGGAGCCUCCUGGCGCUAUGGCGGUAGAAUCAGUGGGAUUCCGUAUGGGGAGCUCAAGAAACCAAAUGACUUCAGUCCUGAUGAGUGCCAGCCCUACGAACUCCCUGAUGGCUCCGUCGUAAUUAAUACCCGAAACCAGAAUAACUACCAUUGUCACUGCCGCAUCAUCCUCCGAAGCUAUGAUGCAUGUGAAACCCUCAAGCUCCAAGACAUAACCUUUGAUGAAGAACUCAUCGACCCUGUUGUAGCUGCAGGCGCUGCGGCCACCAGCUCUGGUCUGGUCUUCUUCUCAAAUCCAGCUCAUCCAGAAUAUCGGGUAAAUCUGACCAUACGUUGGAGUUUCAGCAAUGGUACUUCAUGGAGGAAAGACACGAUUCAACUGUGGCCAGGUCCCAGUGGUUACUCAUCCUUGACAGUUCUGGAGGGAGCUCAGACUUGGGGGGAUGGGACCCCCCAGCUCUAUGUCCUGUAUGAAAAGGGUCGGAAUGACUACUUCGAGAGUAUCUCUCUGGCCAAGAUCAGUGUCUAUGGCACUCUCUGAGCCUUACCCCACAGAGAGGAUGAGAAGAUAUGAGGGGUACUAGGGGCACCUCAGACUUUGCCUUUUAGGACUCUGCUGAUCCGUUGUUGUAGAUAUAUGGCUCUUUCCUAAAAAGUCAUGAUUUUUGGAAUAUUCAUCUUCCCUUUGAUAGGGACAACCUCCUUUAAGACUUUUUGUCUUAUCUCCUCUGACAAACACUAGGCCCUCUUUCCCCCUGAGCCUUCCUUUCUUUUUCAGUUAUAAUGCCUUUUUUUGCUUAGGAGAUGGGGCCCCACUUUUCUCCCUGCUUCCUCUAGAUCCCAAUAAUCUCUCUCUUAGGGCACUAGACUGCUCUUGCUCCUAACUCUACUGAAUCCCCCUUCCCCAUCCCUAUCCCUCUUCAUGGUGGGGGAUGAAUUUGCACAAACCUGAACUCAGGGACUUCUGGUUGGGAGGGGUGCCGAAAUUUAGAGUGGGAGUGCAGGUUGUUGGAGGACAGUAGGAGAUUUUGGAUGAGGAAAGGACACUUUGGACUGUUUACAGAUCAAUAAGUUAAUCAGUUAAAUUAGUAGUUCUAAUGAAGGAAAAUAAGAAUUUGCCAAUGUCUAUUUAUUAAAGCUGUGGUCUCUAUCUGUGUAUGUCUUUGGGUUUCCUAAAUAUAGCCAUGAAAGAGAAAAUGAGAGAAGAGAGAGCUGUCAUAGAGGAAAGAGCAAAAGGCUUGGGUUUGAGUCCUGGUACUGCCACUCACUAACUGUGGUCCUUGGCCAAGUCCCUUAAUUGCUCUGAGCCAUAGUAUCAAGUAGUCUUAAGUGUUUGGAACCACAGAGGUAAUCUAAUUCAACACUCAUCUAAAGCAUGAAUUCCCUCUGUUGACAUUCCUGCUAAAUAAUGAUCCAGCCUAAUUACCUUUUUUUUUAAUAUCACCUUAAUUUCCCAAUAUACCCCUUCUCCCACCCCUACAUAACAAGCUAUUCCUUGUAAAAAGAAAACACUGAAAAAUAGUUCAGCAAAAAUACCCAGUGCAUCAACCACAUUUGACAGCAUAGACAGUAAACAGUGUUCCAUACCUAUAGAGGUUCCCCACUUCUGGGAGGUGAGGGAGGUACAUGUUCUCACAUCUUCUCCAGAGCUAAGCUUGGUCAUUAGAAUUAGACAGCACUCAGUUCUGUAUUUUGUUUUUUCUAUUCACAUAUUUGUAGUCAUUACACAUAAUGUUUUCCUGCUUCUGCUGUCCUACCUCAAUUUAGUCUUCCAAUGUUUCUCUGAAUUCUUCACAUCAUUUAUUAUGGCCUAGUAAUAUUCCAACAUGUUCAUGUACCAUAAUUUAUUUAGCCAUUCUCUGCUCAGUAUUUAUUUUGCUUCCAGUUCUUCUCUAACCUCAAAAAGUAUCACUGAAUAUUUUGGUGUAUGUGGAACCUUUUGUUUUGUUUUUGACCUCCUUGGAGUAAAUACCUAGCGAUUUGUCUCUGUUUCACAAGGUAUGAACAUUGUAGUCAGUUGUUUGGGUUUUGUUUGGUGUUUUCUUUUUAGCAUAAUUCCAAAUUGCUCUUCAGAAUGGUUUUUACCAAUUUGCAGCUUAAUUUAGCAGCAUAUUAGUGUACCUGUCUUCUCCUAGCCCCUCUGCCUAAUCCCAUCUUUUGUCAUCUUUGCCAAUUUGCUGAAUAUAAAGUGAAACCUCAAAGUUAGUUUUGAUUGCA